AUGGCGUCAACCUCUUCCAAGGUCGGCCACGGCCUGGCUAAGGUCCUUGGCAUUAACCUCGACGAGCGUCAGGCAACGAAAGAUGCAGUCACUCGGGGUGAAUCAACAUAUUCAGUCAGUACUGCUGACUCUUACAUUGAGGAAGAGCCGAGAAGUAUCGACUGGCUCAGAGAUCUCACUCCUUCUGGCCGUGACAUGCUGGCCUACUUCCGCAGUCUGUUCCCCUUCACCAACUGGAUUUUGCGGUACAAUGUCCAAUGGUUGAUUGGCGACUUGGUUGCUGGUAUCACGGUCGGCGCUGUCGUCGUGCCGCAGGGCAUGGCCUAUGCCAAACUCGCCGAGCUUCCUGUCGAAUAUGGUCUUUAUUCCUCCUUUAUGGGGGUCCUGAUCUACUGGUUCUUUGCCACCUCCAAAGAUAUCACUAUCGGUCCUGUCGCCGUCAUGUCCACCAUCACGGGAAAUAUUGUCAACAAGGUCGCGGCAGAGCACCCAGAUGUCCCCGGCCACGUCAUUGCUUCGGCUUUGGCCAUCAUUGCGGGCGCAAUCAUCUGCUUCAUUGGGCUCGUCCGGUGUGGGUGGAUUGUGGACUUCAUUCCGUUGACUGCCAUUUCGGCCUUCAUCACCGGCUCUGCCCUCAACAUUGGGGUCGGUCAAGUGCCAACCCUGAUGGGCAUCAAGGUCAAAGGCUUCAAUACUCGCGCCUCAACCUACCUGGUUAUCAUCAACACGCUCAAGUACCUCGGCCACACCAAACUCGACGCCGCUAUCGGUUUGACGGCACUGUUUCUCCUCUAUCUCAUCCGGUUCACCUUGAACCGCUGCGCAAAGAAAAACCCCAGCCGAGCGAAGCUGUUCUUUUUCCUCAACACGUUGCGCACUGCGUUUGUGCUCUGCGUGUACAUUCUGGUCAGCUAUCUCGUCAACCGGCAUCACCGCACGAAGCCCAAAUUCAGUAUUCUCGGCCACGUUCCCCGUGGUUUCAAACACGCGGCGGUGCCGACGAUCAACACGAAAAUCAUCAGCUACUUUGCCGACCAACUUCCAGCAUCUGUCAUUGUCAUGCUCAUUGAGCAUAUCGCCAUCUCCAAAUCCUUCGGCCGGAUCAACAACUACACCAUCAAUCCCUCGCAGGAGUUGGUUGCCAUUGGUGUCACAAACCUGCUUGGCCCUUUCUUGGGCGCUUAUCCUGCGACUGGGUCAUUUUCGAGGACUGCCAUCAAGUCAAAGGCCGGUGUGCGCACGCCUUUUGCCGGUGUCAUCACUGCCGUUGUGGUUCUCCUGGCCAUCUACGCUCUUCCAGCCAUGUUUUUUUACAUCCCCAAUGCUGGCCUUUCUGCCGUCAUCAUCCAUGCCGUCGGUGAUUUGAUCACUCCCCCCAACACCGUCUACCAGUUCUGGCGCGUCUCACCACUGGAAGUCCUCAUCUUCUUUGCAGGUGUGCUGGUGACCGUCUUCUCGUCCAUCGAGAAUGGUAUCUAUACGACCAUCUGUGUCAGCGCCGCUGUGCUUCUCUACCGUGUGGUCAAAGCACGCGGCCAUUUUGUUGGGAAGGUCCAGAUCCAUUCGGUUGUUGGUGACCACUUGAUUGAAGACAAAUUCCAUGACAAACCUCGCAAUGACGAUGAUGCUACCCGAAACAUCUUCCUCCCCUUGGACCACAAUGAUGGCUCGAAUCCCAACAUUCAUGUUGAGUCUCCCUACCCUGGAAUCUUCAUCUAUCGAUUUAGCGAGGGCUUCAAUUAUCCCAAUGCGAACCACUACACCGACUAUCUUGUCCGAUAUAUCUUUGAGCAUACACGAAGGACGAAUCCUGAUUCAUGGCCACGCCCCGGUGAUCGCCCGUGGAACAACCCUGGCCCGCGAAGAGGCAAGUCAGAGCCAGACCGAUCUCACUUACCGACCUUGAAAGCUGUCAUCUUGGACUUCUCGUCGGUCAACAACGUCGAUGUCACCAGCGUCCAGAACUUGAUCGACGUCCGGAACCAGCUCGACCGCUAUGCUAGCCCAGAAGCCGUUCAAUGGCACCUGGCCUGCAUCAACAACCGCUGGACGAAGCGAGCUCUCGCUUCUGCUGGCUUCGGCUUUCCCACCGCGCCCACGGAAGAGCAGCAUCGCUGGAAGCCCAUCUUCAGCGUAGCAGAAAUCGGCGGUACAUCAUCUGCGGCCGCAGCCGCCGAGAAUGAAGCAAACCGACGAAUGUCUCGUAUGCAUGACGAAGAGCAGGGCGCCUCUCGACCCCACAGCAGCGGGAUUUCCAAGACUGAUGACAUUUCGCGAGCGCAGUACAAGGAUGACUCUACGACGAGCUCCAGCCAGGAUGGUGACCUGUCGAAGCAGAUUAGUGGUAGCAAGGCAUAUGUCCGAAGUUCGACGAAGCGAAUUGCUGUGGUGCACAGCUUGAGCAGGCCCUUCUUCCACAUUGACCUGACGAGCGCGUUGCAGUCGGCGAUUGCCAACGUGGAACACCAGGAUCAGCUGAGGGCGGCCGAGGCGGAGCAGGUUGAUGAGAUUCCCCACAAGAUUUGA